AUUAGUUCAGUGUAUGGCAAGACCAAUCGUGAAUGUCACUGCAGCUGAAUACAUAGCCGGGGUUGUCCCUACAGGAACACGACGUGAAAUGCUCUUUGGAAAAAAAAAAAUAAAAAAAUCCAAUUUGGGGAUCAACAGGAACAAAAGGGCCCUACCUGAAGUGGCUCGUCUGAAACAAUUCAAUAUUUGCAGCACUAUAUGAGUGGCCUCUAAGUAAUUUCUUUCUUUUUCCAUGUGUGAUAUUAAUAAUUUCACAGAAUGAAAAAGAGAAAUCAUGCCAUAUUCUGAUUGGCCACAGGCGGGCACGUGAAACCACACCAGGUUCGUGGGAACGGAGAAGUGAUCGGCGCUUGCUACAGGUUGUAGUGCUCCCUUUUUUUCUCGAGGUAGGGCAGCUCUCCCCAACUUUCCCUCAACUUGACGCCUUUACGACGUGAAUACUUUGGAAAUUAACGAAAACGGACCAGACUAGACCUCCUUCAGUGCGCGAGAGUCCGGCAGUGAAGCGCGCACACAUUUCAGCACCUCGGACAGCGCACGGCGCCGCAGUGGCGAUGUGUGGAUUCAACCGGUGGCUUCUAACCAGAGCAGCAGCAGCAGUGUAAGGGGACAGUUUCAACUAAAUGAUCCCAGAAAACUCAUCCGCCUCCACAUGUGGGAAACGCUACUCGCUUUCCGGAUCACUCGGACUUUUUUCUCUCUCGUUCUUCCUCACACAGGGCGCCUUUGUCGAUUCCAUCGUGUGGGUAGGCGUGCCACUGGAUGAGUGGUCGACUCCAGAAGCCGUGCCGAGCAGCGUGGAAUAGGUGACUGUCAGGCGGGCGGAGUGGUGUGCUGCUGGUGCUGCUGGUGGUGCCUAAGAGACCCUUCAUUUCUAAGGAUGCUGGUGGGAAAUGCCUGGAGACAGAGAUGACGAGAUUUGUCAAAAGGCACUUGAACUCCUGUCAGAUCUUUGUUCAAAGGGGGAAGUGCAAAACGAACACUGCCUGGAUUUUAUCUACUAUUUCCGAGACCUCGCCAGGCCACGCUACUCAGAUUCAGGUGAGGGAUUAUGUGCAUGCUCGAUUUUAUGGGUACAUUUUAUUACACUGGGGUGAACGCGCGUUUUUUUUUUCUAAUCUGCUCCAUAAACUCAGCAGGGAGUCCAAGUGAUUGGGUAAAACACAAACCAAAGUGCUUUGUCUGGAUUUCAAUCUGCACUGUAUUAAUGAGCCCACUAAUUAUCCAGUUCAAUUAUAUAAUGGAUCAUGCAACGACAAGGCGCCUACAUAGCUGCAGCCUCUUCUUUCAUCAAAUGUCCAAACACAAGAUUUAUAAUUGUUUUGUGCAAUCAAAUCAAAUUUAAUUACAUGAGGAUAAAUCUAUGUAUGAUUUUAGUGUAGGGCCACUUCACUCUUCCUACAUGUGCUCACAUGCCAGCAGUGAUGUCGUGAAGUCAGUGUGACACAUCGUGCUGAAGUGGGUGUACAGGCUGAUCUCCCUCAAUGAGUUACGCUUAAACCUGCGCUCGCCGGUUCCAUCCGUGCUUCAUUUGCAGUAGCUACUGUUUCCUCCAACUCUGAAAGUUGACCUCAGAUUAACACUCUUUCUCAAGUAUGAAUGCAAACAUUUACUCUGGGGCACUCCUAAACUCCAGAUUUAGCCUUACAAAUGCACAAACGAGGAACUUAUUCAUUCACACGAGCUAAAACCAUUUUUAGCAGGUGAAGCAUUGAUGUGACAAAAGAGUCACGUUUCAUCGUUGCAAAGACUUAAGCGAACAACCUCUAUGAAAAUGCCAUGUGUGCACUUGCAUGAGUGUGCUCGUCCUCCUGUGUCAGUGUGUGUGCAGAGAAAAAUCUCCAGGUAGAUAAUAUAUAAUAAAACAAGCUUACAGGUACAGUGCCUCACCCCAAUGACUGUGGAUCCAUUAGUUUGCAAUUAAUCUAUUUAAAUACCCUACCAGUCCUCCGUUGCUCCCCCUCUUCAGCCUUCCCCUUUAACCUAACCCUCCAAUUUCCUCCUUAUUUCCUCAAUUCCCUAAUCUCCCAGCCCUCUCCUCUUGCCCUCAUUCAUCAUUGGCCCAUCCUGUCUGACAGUUUGAAAAGUGGAAUUGCAAUAGCUGGUGCUGUGUUGGAGUUAGCUAUCAGGGUGGCUGGCAACACAAGCUUUAAUUUCAGUUACACUUGACAUGUGUCACCCAACAUGAUGGCAACAGUAAUAAUAAAGUGACAAAGAAGAAAAUAAUGGAAGAUUAAAGGUGGGAUGUCCUGCACAUUUUACCGGUGGCUAAAGCUGGGCUGGUGCUACUCAUGAACGUGCAUGAAUUUUAAAAAUCCUGGACAUAAACCAUGAUGUUAACUCUGAUUUGAUGUGUUUUGGACCAUGUUGUCAGUUUUGUCUGGUUGUAGAAAGACUAAUAAAAGGAUUAAACUUGGAGAAAAACCACGAACACACAGUGUAAGAUUAAUCACCAAACAUCUACCAUCUUUAUUUUUACGUUUGGACUUUGUGUAAAUGAGAUAAGUUGAAUGUGAAAAUCAUUAGCACUGUAACGAGGAUCAAUAGCUGCUUCUUCUUACUCAUUAAUUUGUCUCCUUGCAUCCCCCACUCACACUGUGUCCUUACUUCUUAGCUCCUCUCUGCAAGGAAUUUAAAGAGAGAUUGAAGGGAGGGACUCGAGGGUGGAGGAAGAAAGAUUGCCGAUUGAGAAAUCUUUAGUACCUUAGAAUCAGUCUGCAGCAACUCCAGACACACUGAUGAGGAGCUGCAAAGCCAUUUCACCUGUUAAACUCUCUGCACAAGUGCUUAGAAAGUCAUAAUUUAUGGACUAUUUCAAAUCGUUGUCUUUCAUAUAAACAUGGAUGCAUAUCUUGGUCAUCAGAGGUCUUCUACAGCUAACCUCCUUUCAACUGUGUAGAUGAUUUGUAGAGGUGUUACUUUUGCCGUUAAUUAACAUGAUAGUCUCAGGUAUUGUGGUCUUAAUUUUACCUGCAGAACUAAUACAUAUUAUAGCAUUACAGAGCUGUGUGACUAUAUAUCACUUGAGUGUUUUUGCUCAGAGCUCCUCUAGAAACCUCUCCCUUCCUCAACCCUCAUCUCCUCCAGGUGCAUUUAAGAAAUUGGAAAACCCUUCAUUAUGGCGGAGUGGGAAUGAUUUCUGGGUAAGUUGAAGAGUGAGGACACCAGGAUGCACAAAUUAAUGUGAUGAGAAGCAGCUCAUGAAGCCGAAGCCGGAAGCUCUUGUGCUUAACUUAGUACAUUGAUUGCAAAUGAGGGAUGACAAAUCAGACUCUCUUUAAGGUGUACACAACAUCUAUUUGGGGUUUUACAGGGGUUUGAGUACAAUGGUGUGAAAAGACUGUCUGAAAAUUGCUUGGCAGCCUCAUGGUGAAGACAAAACACAAAACUAGGUGUACAGAUUAACAGUUACGUCUCAUUUGAGUUCAAUAUCGGCUAAUGAGUUGUAACAGGUUGUUCUUGAUUAAUACAAAUCCUUUUGAAUACUCAACAAACACAGCAGCCUCUCACUGGGGUAUGUAAAAAGACCCAGGUUACACAAAAUUUUAACAUUAAUGUUGUGCAUUUGGAUUUUUAAAGUCCUGGCCAAAUCAGAUCUGUUCCAUCUCCUAAAUAAUGUGAAGACAUUAACUCAUCAUCAAACCUCUUAAAACCUCAGGCUGACAUUCAAACAAAUGAAAAUAAAGGUGCCAUUCAAGGAGCUUUAGAGUUGCAGAUUUUUAUUUCUCAUGGCAGAAACCAGUUGGCUUUGUGCCUCUGUUUUCUCGUUGCCAUCCAAUUAGUGAACUAAUGUUCUGUGCAGGUAGUAACCAGCAUUUAUUAACACUAUUCAGAAGCAUUUGUGCGUGUGCCUCAUAGUUCAUUUUGAUAGAACUACAGCAAUAAAACAAACACUUUCAAAUACCAGCAUUUCCAAUAAAUCCGUUUUUGCUCUCAAAGAUGAAAUAUUAAGGCAAAUAGAUUCUCAGAGGUAGAAGUUGCAGAUAUUGCUUUUUCAGCACUUGCUUGCCUCCUACACUCCUCCACCUUUAAAGGUCCUAUGCUCUAAAAUUGGUACACUCUCUUUGUUGUGAUGCAGUCGCUGAAUCUUCCAGAUGUCUAUAGAUUCUCUCUGACAGGCACUCGGCAACCUGCCAAGCCAACUGUGGGCUCGGUGUCCUCAGAUGGCAAGUCCCUCACUUUCUCCACAUUAUUCUCCCAAAUCACACAUCCUCUGGUAUUCACAGAAUCUCCGAGCACAGAGAGGACCGUUUGUCUGAGUUCCUGUGUGAGGUCUUCAGUCAGCACCCACACAAAGAGCCAGUCCUGCAGUGCUGGUGAAUUUGGGAUGUACAUAAUGCAAGAUGCAUGGUCCUUAUCGUCUCAUUUUCAAUCCUCCCCUUUUAAAAAAAAAACUUAUUGAAUGUAUGUUGCCAUUUGUGAUGAUAUUGGAGCUUAACUCAGUUCUCUGAUUGUAUACAAUCAUCAAUCACACAGACCUGGCUCACCCAAAAAAUGGCAAUCCUGGUGCAAAAAAAGCAUUGAUUAUUAAGGGAAAUUUGAGGAGAUAAAAAGUCAAAUGAUCAUUAUCAUCUUCAUUAUCCAAAUGACAAUCAACAUUAACAUAUUAACCUUCAUCAUCUUCACCAAUUUCAUCGUCAACAUUGUCAGUCUAACCAUAAUUAUCAACAUCAUCAUGUUCUUCAUUGCCAUAAAAAUCAUCAUGAUCAUCAUGAUUGUCAUCCUCAUCAUCAGUAUUCUCAUCAUUAUCAUAUUCUGUGUAAAAGUAAUCAUUUUAAUGAGCUUUAUCAGCAUUAUCAUAAACGACCUCAACAUCAGCAGCAUUAUCAUCAAAUUCAUCAGUUUUGAUUUUACUAUCAUCAACCUCAUUGUCAUCAUCUUGUCCCCAUCAUCAUUAUUAUCAUUAUUAUCAUCACUACCAUCAUUAUCAUUCCAGACAUUAUUUUUAGCAUUCUCAUGAAUUUUGUCUGAUUAUUUGUAGUCAUCACCUUGUCAUUAAGACAACAAUUAUCAUUAUCAACAUCAUCAUUAUCAGCUUUAUCAUCAUAAUUACUUUCAAUUAUAAACAAUUAUAUUUCCAUUUGCAUCAUUUUAAUCUACUGGGAUGAUAAUUAUCUCAAAAAUUAUCAUCCUUAUAAUCCUGAUUAUCAUCGUCAUCAUCUUCGAUAUAAUGCUAAUCAUCAUCAUCAGCAGAAAAAUAAAAAUUGCAUAACCGUGGGUAUAAUGUCCUAAAUUCAACCAUCAAUACUUUUAUCAUCAUCCUCAUCAUCAUUGUCAUCAACAUCAUCAUUUUGUGAUCAUCAUUAUCAUUAGCCAUGUCAUUUUUGUCCUUAACAACAUAAAUCCAUUGGUAUAAUUUCAUUACUUUAAUAAUCAUUACCUUUAAUAAUCAUACCUUAUCAUUAUCAUAUCCAACAUCAUCAUCAAUCAUCAUUAUCAGCAUCUUUAUUAUCAUCAUCAUCAGCAGCAGCAGUAUAAUCAUUAUCAUUAUUAUCAUUAUUAUCAUUAUCAAUCUCAUGAACCCCACAUUCCUAUUCAUCUUCAUCAUUAUUGUAACCAUCAUUGCUGUCAUCAUCAUCAUCAUCAUCAUUGUCAUCAUCAUCAGCAUCAUCAUUAUCAUUUUCAAAAUUGAAGUUGCCAUUAUCAUUGUCAUGAACACUAUCAUCAUCAUUGUCAUUAUUGUCAUCAUCAUCAUUAUCAUUAUUAAAUAUACAGUAAUCAUCAUUGCCAUUAGCAGCAUUGUUAUCACCAGCAUUACUGUAAACAUUACCAUUGUCAUCUACCGUAUUUCACCAUUAAUCCCAUCAACAGCAUUAUCAUCCUCUCGUUUAUAUCUUUAUCAUCCUCAUAAUCUUUGUCAUUAUCAUCAUCGGCGGCAUCAUGGUGAUCAUGCUUUUUCCAUCUUGACCUUCCUUAAACCAUAUCCACUAAAUGGUUAUCAUUAGUUUUAUUUCUAUCAGCAUUCACCAAACCAUUAAUAUUUAAUGUGGAGCUGUCAUGAAUCAGCUGAUUGUUUUGCUUUGUUAAAUCCUUAACAAAAUUGGAUAAUUGCACAAGUAAAACAGCUUCAAUUUUUAAAUACAUGUCUGAUGCUGUCUCUGCACAUCUAUCAUUCCUUCCAACAUGGAGAGAAUGUCUGAAUAAUGGGUCAAGUAAUUUUCAUUUGUCUUCUACAUGACUAAAUUAUUUCAGCAGCACACACAUAUAUAUAAACUCCUGAUGCUUUUAGGUUAAUAAAAAGAUUAGUUGCUCAGGGAGCAGUCAUUAGUGUUUCAGCAUUUCAAUGGCUUAAUUUGACUCAUUAUUAUGAUUAAUGUAAUCAUGCUGAUUAUACAGUAAUUAGCUUUCUUGAAAUUAAUAAUUUUUUGAAGAAAUCCAUAACAAUCUCUAUUAGUGAAGACAGAUGGAUUUAUAAUCCCUCUGAUUUAUUGCUGAAGGCGACUAAUAGCUUGUUGCACAGUCAGCACAUAUGUCUGUAUCACUGUCCCUGCACAGAAUGAGGCUCAGCCAAGAACAGGCAUGGUCUGGAUUACACAACAGACGUAUGCCAAUCACACUGUGAUAAAGCCUGGGCAUUUAAAAUCAGAUUGGAAGAAUUGUAGCUAUAGUCCUGCCAUUUAAAUACAGUAUUUCAGUUGUUAUGAAGGAAAGCAAAUCAGUGAUAAACCAGACACAGAAAGGUGUAGGCUGAGACUGUAAUGCACAGAUAAACUGAAUAACCAUAAAAAUGUUGUUCAAUAGAUGUGCAAUGCAAGAAAUUAUUUUAAAAAAUCAAUGACUGGACUGGUUUCUUUACAUAUUAAAAUUAGAUUGCACCUCUGACUGCAAACCUGUCCUGUCAGCCUCAAACCAAAAAAGAAAACCACCUUCUCCUCCUACAAAAGUUGUUGCUGGGCAACAGUUCAUUCCUGCACAUGAAUAUUUACAUUUUAGACAAACAAUGUCUGAUUAUUGAAGCAUCACAGAAGAACAGUCACUAUGUAGCAGCAUUUCCAUCUGGUGCUGACAAUGCUUUUAGAGAAUAUCUAACAUUACAUGAAGCACUUAGAGUAAAUGUGGUAAAAACUGAACAUUUUGUACCUUAAAAAAACAUUAUAAAUAACAUUCAAGUGAGCAUCCAGCACAAGCUGCAAAAGAAGACUGAUCAGGCUGAUGUUAGGCUCACAAGGCAACAUCAUAAAUUUACAAAGGUAAAUGACAUUUAGGGGUUAUGGAAGGAUACAAAUAUUAAAUAAUGUAUUAACAAGAUUCACACUUACCCCUCAUACAAUAUGAAAGAUGAUAUUGAUUGCCGGGAUCACUGUACCCGCUUUACUUGCUGUGAUGUGAUUAUAACUGUACUAUCCUCCAUGAAAAAAACUGCAUCACAUAUUUAGCCAAAGCUGAUAGGAUGCUGAGUUAGCUAAAUGAAGUGGCUGCUGCCUUUUAUUUUCAAGAACAAAAUGCCUUCUUUGUUUUAGUAUCCCUCAGCUACAGUCCAGCAGCUCAGUGAGGAAACUCUGUCUGUGGAUUUGGAAGGGGCCCAUUUAAUUUGCCUGACUCAGACUGUUGAAGCCUCAUUUUAGCUUUGGCUCAACUUAAAAAAUGUUUUUUUGUCAGGCGGGUUUGAAUAGAUUUAUUUUUUUUUGUUGGAUGUGAGUUCAGGCAGACUGAAAAAAAAAUCUGGAUUUACCCAUAAAAAAGAGGGGAAUAUAAGGAUCGAAAACAAAACCCAUUGGACAUUUCAUGCACUGCAUGCAUUACAGCACUUUUUGAAACAUGUUAGAUUUCUUUACAGACAGGACAGACUGCACAAUAAAGAAACAUUCAGAAGGGACAACUUUUAAACUCUAAAACAGACAUAAUGUAUAUACACAUAUGCAUAUACAUAUGAUAUCUAUGAACACACAAACACAUGCACAUGCAAAAAGCAAAGAAACAGAAUUUAUGAGACAUGCUGAACCAAGGAAAUGAGUUUUUAGCAGCUGUUUCAAACAGACCACAGAUUGUGCUGAAUCUGUGGUCUGUUCGAAACAGCUGAUAAUUCUAACCUCAACUCUGAUUCACUAUCACCUCUGGAUUUGAACAGUAAAAGAGGAAGAGAGAGAGAGCCUUGAUCAGAGUUUAGAAGAGGACAGCUGCUAAAAUAAGGCCUUGGUGAUUCUGUUAAAUGCUGUAUACGGGCACUAGGCCAUACAUGGCCUCAGAAAUAGGUGAGAUUUUUAGGUUAAUGCUGGGGGAUUGGAUAGGUUUGUGACUUGUGAUAAAGAGUAUCUUUUAACAACCUAGCUGCUCUAACUUGGACCAAUUGUAGCCCUGCUUUUGAAGACUAUGAGAUACCUGUGAUGAGGUCUUAUUGAGACAAGCUGGAGGUGUAUAGUAGAUGUUCAGGUUGGUUGGUUGUUGAAUUGAGCAUGGUGAUCAGAUGUUGAGACUGGUGAGAUUGUUGAGGUGAUUCAGUUUACACCAAGAGUUGCGGUAAGCACAGCAAUAGGAAGAGUUAUAAAUAUUCACCAUUGGCUCUAGAUGGUCUGAAGGACCUGAUAAGGUUCAGAACAAGAUUUAUAAUACUUUACAUUAUCUUUGAGAUGCAAACUAUCUGUCUGUUAUAUUUCACUUUUUAUGCCUGUAAAAAGUACCGCCGAUGUGCAGACUUUGUGGUCUGCAGCUCUUAAUGCUGUGGAUUUUGUUCAGGUGUGCUGUCAUCUGGUCGUCAGAUAUGCUAUAAUAAUCAUCACCUUGCUCUUAAAGGAGAACAUGAAGAGGAACAGCAGACGUAAUACGCAUGCCUUUGGUAGUCACACAUUGUCACAUCAAACUGAGAACUGCUUAUUAAAACAGAGAUAACCAUGUAUAGUUUGCUGAGAAGGUCUAGUAUCUGAUAUGCAUUAUUGCAGAGAAUGAUUUCCUGCAGAAAAACACAAUCACAAACAAUACUCAGUCAGAUCUCAUCAAAGUAAUUUCAUUUAUUUUAUGUCAUAAAUUCAGUUCAUUUUGUUCCUAGUUAUCAGAGUAUGCCUAUCAUUAAAGAUAUAUCAAUGACAGAUUUCAUGUUCUUAGUAGCAGCUAUGCUUUUAUCUAGGUGCUCAGGAAGACCUGAAAAACAUUUUCUCAAAGCCAAAUAACAUCAUGAACAAAUUUGAAGGCAAAGGGAUUUACACACAAAUUGAAAUCCUUUAAUUGUAUUUGAGUACAGUGUAAUUUACUUAGAAGUGUUGAAAGGAAAUAAAAUGUUUCAAUCAAUCAUACAGGGCGUCAGAUGGAAGCCGAGACAUUCCCUUUAUCUUAUUAGAAGUUAAUGUCACCGUGUAUUGUGAUAAAUCAGACAUCGGCACAGUUGUGUUGUGGCAGCUUCUCUGAUUAUCUCACAAAUAAAGAAUUUAUUCACCCACUUUAUUUGAACAGAGAUGAUUCACAGAGCCCUUGAUGAAUCUGUUGCUUCACACAUCACCUCACUCUCCAUGGCGACUCGCACACCCUGUGCCCGUGUAAACAAAUGUUCUGCAGGAAUAUUUGGUGCCGUGUUGUCAAACCAUAAACUCUCACCCUUUACUCCAACACUUACAGCUUCUGCCGCUGCCUUCAAGUACAUUAACAUACAUGCAUGUUUGGGUGAUCGAUAACUCAACAUUCGGCUUUCUAGUUGAACUACUUUCAUGGAAGACUUUGUGAGGCUGGUUGGUUUUAUAACCUUGUGGUUAAAGUGCAAACAUACUUUAAUUGAACUGUGGUCUAGGAGGAAAAAGUGCUUGAAUGCACUUCAUUUAGCUUUAGCAGGAGAAAUGGAGCAAGUCUAUAGACCUGAAAUAAGGUCUCUGGAAAGUAGAGGGCUGCUUGAGCGACAGCUAGAGCUCACGCUAUUGAUGGUGAAUGUCUUUCAAAAAAUUAAAAUAUUGAUACUGUACUCAAAAUAAGCACAUGGGAACACUGUGAAUUCAUAGUUGUGAUCCUAUAAAGUGGUUGCCACACAUCUCCCAAAGGAGGACAGACAAAGAUGUAGCAGAUUGAAAGGGAGCUAGCUGUCCCAGCUUCCUGAGAGGUGAUUCAACACUUAAAUUGAAAAUUAAUACUUUCUGACCACUCUUCUGACUGUUAUCUUUCAGCUCUAUAACUAUAGAUUGGCCUUAAGUGGUAAUCUUCAAAAUAAAAGCAUAUUUGACCAUGUGGGAAAUGAGGCAAUUUUAACACAAGACAGAAAAAUAAAUAAAAAAUUAAAGCAUGACUUCAAAUCUUAAACUCUCCAGAACCCACAACUUGUGAGAAACUUUUUUUUUUAUUUCAUCUUGUAUUUAAGAUCAGCUCAACCUCCCAUGAUAAUAAUGUUAAUUAAGAUAGUAAAAAAAUUAGCUUAUUUUCACACACUUCACCUCUCAGUUAUCAGUAAACUAAAAAUUAAAGCUUGGGGAUCACUCCACUUAGGAAGCAAAUUCGAAGCUUCAGAAGAUAAUUCAAUACACAGUGUUAGUCCUAAUUAAUCUAGUGAGGGUUCUUUGUAAUUUAAAAGAUAGAGGAAGUUUUCGGUGGCAUUUUAUCCUCCUCUUAUGUUAAAAUGAAUCAAUUUUGACUGUAUUUUUCCACAGUCAUUUAUCUCUAAGUGAAUGUAAUGAUGAAGACAUCAGAAAGGAAACAAAAAUCCCUUUCACCUUCUCAGUUCCUGUGUCUCUUCUUCCUCCACAGAUAUAUCGAUAAGUCUUCUGUCAUUGGUGGUCACUGCCUGUGGCUUGGCCCUGUUUGGGGUCUCCCUCUUUGUCUCCUGGAAGCUUUGCUGGAUACCAUGGAGGGAACGUGGGCUCUCCCCCACCACCAAGGAGCCCCAAGGGCACCUCAACCCCACCAUGAGCCCCUUGCCCUCCCAGCCUGCACCCAGGCAGCCAGUCUACACAGCCGUGGACCCCCCGACACACAACCGCCGUGAGUCAACACAGGGCUCCAUCACCAGAGAGCCCACUCUUGUGGCAUCUGAGGUGUCUGUGGAGGGUCCUGUGUCUCCUUUGUCACCACCACCUGUCAUGGCCACACCAGAGGCAGCUAUGAAGAUCAGUCAUACAUCUCCAGACAUCCCGCUGGAUGCUCAGAGUAAAAGCCGGGAAAAUGGGGUUCACACCAACCCUCGUAUGCAGAGACAGACCACUGAACCUCCACCCUCUGGUCACUCCAUGUCUGAGAUGGGGUCAGUACAAGAUUUUUGUCAAGUCCAUUUUAGUCAUCUUAGUCAGAACUAGAACUUUAACUUUACAGACAAAUCUCAUUUCUGCUUUAGAAUAGCUUUGAAAGACAACAAAUUCUGACAAACAAGUUCGGUUUUGAAGAUUAAAAGACUUGGUGGAUUCAUAGAAAUGCAAAUUCAAAUCAAAAGCCUUUAAAGAGUAUAUAAACCCUGGCCACCGUGCAUGAAAGUUCACCACCAAUUCAUUAGUCAGUUACCACACUCUUUCUUUUGGCCUGCCGACAUUCAUUGUACUCUACUUCUCUUAUUGGCACACAGUGUUUUACAGUGUGAACCUUUUUAAAGUAGAGGUAUUUUGACUGAUGGCUUUUCAGGUCCAUCUUGUUGGUGUGUAUCUGAUGUCAAUUUUUUUUGCCUACAGACAUGGGACCAUCCGCAGACAUAUGAACCUGUCUAACCCAGACUUCAACGUGGCCCAGUUCCAAAGACAGGACUCCCUCACUGGAAUGGGUUUGGGCCUCGGUCGUCUCAAACCAGAGCUCUACAAACAACGCUCACUGGAGGGGGAGGACGGAAGUCGCAGAGGCAGUGGCUGUGGGCGCCUCCACUUUAUCCUGAAGUUUGAUUGUGACCUUGAACAGUUAAUAGUUAAGAUCCACAAAGCAGAGGACCUCCCAGCCAAGGACUUUUCUGGUACCUCUGACCCUUACGUCAAAAUCUACCUGCUCCCCGAUCGUAUGACCAAGCACCAGACCAAGGUGCACCGCAAGACGCUGAACCCUGUGUUUGACGAGGUCUUCCUGUUCCCCGUGGCGUAUUCUGAGCUUCCUGAGCGUAAGCUGCACUUCAGUGUCUAUGACUUCGACAGAUUUUCACGCCAUGACAUUAUCGGACAAGUGGUUGUGGACAACUUCCUGGAUUUGGCAGAUUUCCCACGGGAAACAAGGCUCUGCCGGGAAAUCCAAUACAUGGCCACGGUGAGUCAGCACUUCUAAUAAAAAUUCAUGCUCACACAGAUGAGAAUAUCUCUUAUUAACUUUGGGCUUUUAACCACACAAGGCUUCUGUUUUAUAAAAAAAAUAAUAUACAAAGGUUAUAUUAAGUCUGGAAGAUUUGAUGCAACUUUAUUAAGAGCUCCAGAUUUGGUCUAUACAUGGGUCCUUCUUUAAUCUCUCAGUCUCUCAGUGACAGUAUAAAUAUGGAAAUGAAGUUGACUCCCUUUUUAUCACUAUGAGCUGUCAACCUUAAAGAAAGAAGGGAAUUGGCUUGUGAGGUUAUAAGGUCUCACUUUGAAAACAGAUUUUUGAUUCUCUACCAAUGAUGGGUCUGAGGCGUCUGUAUUAUUACUAACUUUUGCUUUUGUAUUCGCUGUAGAACCUCUUUAUUCUCUGUGGACUAAAUCAUAAUAUCUUUUUGAAAUGAGUUCUUAAUCUGAGGAUUAUUAAGGGGAUGUAUGUAUUUAAAGAAAUGAAACAUUGCAGAUUUUUACUAAAAGGGGUUGAGGUUAAUUCAUUCAUAUUAAACAGAUGUUAAACAAAAUUUGUUCUAUUAGUAGAAAACCAUUAUUUCUGUGCUCCGGCUGAUAGAGGUGAAGAACAUUAUCAUUAAAAAAAAAACACAUUUACUUCAUUUAGCACUUCUUAUCUAAAUUCAGUCUCUGCUGGGACCACCCAUUUUUUAACAUAUGUUAAUUAAAUUCAUGGUAAGACCGACUAAAGGUCAACAGGAUUUAAAGCCCAUUACCAUGUACUGUAUUGGCUGUGUGUGUGUGUGUGUGUGUGUGUGUGUGUGUGUGUGUGUGUGUGUGUGUGUGUGGGCUCUUCCAUGCCUACUUGACAGGUUUGCUAGAUUUUUCCAUCCAGGAGUGAUGAUUUCUUGUUAAAUGAGGACAUGUUAAUGGUGAGAUCAUAUAUUAUAUUAUCAUUAGUAUCCCUAUGAGUUUCUCAGCUGUAUUAACACAUUCACAUUCACUAUUAUCACAAAUCAAUCUCUACUUAAUGCUUUUUGGCUUUACCUUACAGUGGUGUCUUCCACAGCUGAUCGUAUUGUCUAAUCAUGGAAAUAUGUAAACAUUUAUGUUCUUCAAGUUAUUGCUCUACUGAUAUCAAUCUCAGGGCGUCAGCUUAAAUAGCUGUAAUGAUCUUUUUCAUCAUGGAUUGCUAAAGAAGCCUUAAUUAGACUUCUUGACAUUGAUUUCAGAUGACUCUUUUUAUUCAAAGGAAGGUCAGUGAACAUGAUCGAUAGAACAGCGACUCAAAGGAAAACUACCGUUUUUUUUUUUUACGUCUGUUGUCACAAAAUUUUACCUGCCUUGUUGCACAGAUCUUGGUUGAAACAUGUCAAAAUAGCUUUAGCAAUGUCACACAAUGGCGACAGAAGGCAGCCCCUCAACAAGUGUCGCUGUAAACGCUGCAGAGGGGGGGGCCUUCACACUGUCUCAUAUAAGCACAAAUGGACUUGGUGUGUGUAAUGUUGGACCCACUGGUAAGACAAACACCCUUUUCCACAAAUAAAAUCACUCACAUAAAGUUGCUCAUAUUCAAACCUCACGUGACAAAGGUGGGUUGUGCGCAGAGAUCACAACAUAAACUCCAAUAAUGGCAUUAAAAUCGGAACCAUCUGUGCGUAAAUGACGCAUUGCGCUCUUUCUUUCAUAGAUGUUGGCAUAUAAAAUAAAUUUGGCCCACAAAACUUAAUAUUAUAAUUUUCUUAUGUAGGCUUAAAGUAAAUAACUCAUCUGAGCACUGAAACAAAUCAUCUGUUCAGCCGCUGCAGGACGGAGAGAGGACACGGAGACGUGUCCAGGUCAAGCUGUGCGAGAAAUAAGAGGAAGAAAGAAAAGGAGGGAGACGAAUUACAUAUCUUGUUGACUUCAUCAUGUGUGUUUAUUUACUAAAUAUUUAAUUUUAAUUUGAUGCUGUUUCAGCUGUGUUGAUUCGGUCAGGUUGAGUGUCCAAACACGUGCCAAACGUGCUCAUCAGAUCAGAUAUAGAUCAGAAUAUAUCUAUAUAGAUCUAAACGUAUGUGCUGACUCAGAUUAUUAGUUGUUGUUGAUUAUUUAUUGCACUGAAAUGUGCCUGACACUGUGGAAACCUGCUGGUGAGGCAUCAGUGACGUAUGUCGAUACACUGCCGGUCUACCAAAAUACCACUAGACCAGCUGCGCUCCGCCUGCGCUGAAAGCUGUCCAGGUUUGAAUGGGCAAGCUUUCAGUGCACUUUACACGCCACCGGCGAGCACAAAAAUGUCACUGCACCAGCUGAUUCUGUCGACACCUCCCUCUGCCACGCCACCACGCCCAGCUUGGCGGACCUCUAUGUGCCUUAGUCCACAAAAAUACCAAACUGGCUGUAUGCUGGGCUCCGGCAGACGAAAAUACCACUGCACGGGGUCCGCCACCCUCCGCCGCCUCACCGGCGGACACGAAAAUAGAGCCCCUUGUCUGUCAGAUGCCCUGAUGAGUGUAUCUCUGUCACUGUCUGGUCAGUUAAACUAUCAGAUGUAUCUUGUGUGAGUGAAGUGUUAAGAUCAUCGCUAGAGCUGAUGUCCUGAUCCCUGUGAAGAAAACCCAUGUUGAAAUAUUCAGUGGUUUUCCUGUAAAACAGAACACACAAUUUGUGGACAGUAAUGGCGUCUACGUGGAACAAUGUGGCUGAAUACUAAGCUGUGCGUGCCGGUCUCUCUGGUGCAUCUUAUAAGCAAGAAAUCUUCUCCUCAGCAGGUGUCCAGGUUAGUCUCCUGCAGCUCUGUUUCUCACUGCUUAUGCAAAUGACUAGUCUGCAAUGCAGCCAUUUCAGUGUAAUGAGCUUUGUCCCUUAAUAACAUGAAUUUGUGUGCAUCACUGAUCCACCUGUCAAUCUUAGCUAAAUAUAGCCUCUGUAGUAAUGUAGUGCACGCAAUUUCGCCUGAGAUACAAACCUGUUAAAUGACUUGAAACUCGUGAACACAUUUCUCUGCUUUGGUCGGUGUAAGAGAGCUGCAGCAUUUCAGUCUCAUAUUCACUUUCAUGGUAAUUUAUUCUUUCAUUCAGAAUAACUGCUCUUGUGUUAUCGUGAACAGAUGGUAUUCUUGAUUUACCAGAGCAGAAAUAGAUCUGAAAGACAGCUGAUGAAGAUAUUUUGAUAAAACUGAAAUUCUGUUACAGCCGUGUGCACACACAGGACCAGACCCUGGAACGAUCUUAUAACAGCUCUGGUAAAUGAAAACCUGAGGGAUUGGUGAAAUAACCAGCCCAAGGAGAUUUUGUUCCUUCUUUUGGUUCUCUCAAGAUGUUUGUCUACUGCAAGACUGCAGACACAAUAAGUUAUUUGGGAACUGCAGUGCAAAGGCAGUUUGCAGUGUAUUCCUUCACUGAAACAACAGUGUGCACAUAGUUUUCAAGGAGAAUGCAUCCAUAGGGUUAUACUUAGAAUGAAUACAUUGUGUUUGUCCAAUGUGCACAAGCAUGAUGAACAUGCAUGCAAGUUUUUUGAUGCAAUAUGUGCAGAAAAUGCCAGAGGAAACUUCUCAUUCUUUUUUUUAGGAACCAAUUGAGACAGUGCUCUAUAUGAGCUGUACAUAAAUGUGAUAAAGGCAGAAACUUUGCAAAUACCCGGCUUUAGUUCAUCCUGCGGUAUCUCAGUCUGAUUGUAAAGAGAAUAUUUUGCAAAAAAAGUGAAAAAAAAAGAGUCAGAAAAAGGAGGAGUUGAAAGGCAGCAGAUAUUUCAGAUGAAGCACCAGAAACAAAGUGAUCCACAAGAAAGAUGUCAGCUAUCAAGUUAUGAUGACCCAGACAACCAAGAUGAGAACGCUUUCAGGCUGUUUGGCAGUGUCUAUCAGAAGUAUCAGGGAUUAUAGUUGGUGUCUGAAUAUGAGUUUGACUUUAUGGGUUAUUUAUUAGCUGUAGUUCUUUGAUUGUAACUCUUUCAAUCUGCUGCUUCUAUUUUGGGGCCCCUUAUGUAAAAAAGUAAAAGCCUGCUCAGUUGAAAUAAUACAAUUUAGUCAUCUUAAAUUUUAAUCAGCGAUCACUGAUUCUGCAUAAUGUUUCAUGCUGGUGGGGGUUCACUCUUUUUAUAAUGCUGAUUACUGCAAACUGACAUGUCGUUCAAUUUCCUUGCCUGAUUAGGGUUCCUGUGUUUGCUGAUGCCCACGGCAAAGAGUCACUUCAUUUGAUUUUACUGUAUUAGACUAACAUUUGGCUGUUGUACUUGUGUAUUCAUUUUUUAAGGUGUGACUUUAGUCCUGUAUUUGUCAUGUCUGUCUCCUCUGUAGGCUGCUGAUGCUACAAAAAUCGGUUUGCCAAUGUUUUGGAUGCAGAAAGCUUCGAACAAUGUGCUGAAGAUUAUUAACAGCUUCCUACUCACAGACUGUAAAAACAGCAAUGGCAUACAUUUCUAUCUUCAUCUGUCUCUCCCAGUCCUUAAAAACAGAUAGCAGUCCAGUGUGUACAUGUUGUUGCUCUGUCCUCACAGUUCAUCCUCCUAGCACCGUACAUGCCAUACAUACAUAGAGCCGUCAUCACCCAUCUUGGCAUCCACACAGUCAGCAUCUGUGUCCCACUUACAGUAGUUCACUGACAAGUCCUAACUGGGUUUUGAGUACAUAGAAGUGACUAAAAUAAAUGCAAGUAUAUAAAAUAAACAUUUAAUGUGCCAAGUAUGCACUUGAGUCUUGAAUGUAGUGAUCUAUGCUGUGCCUUUACAGUUAAACAAUUUGGAAUUUGAUGGCCACCUCAAGUGCCACUGCUAUGAUGUUGGUUAUUUCCAUUGUCAAUGCAGAUAUCCACCCCUUUCCUUACAUUCACUAAUCCAAACUAAUGAGAUUUGUGUCCAUCAGAAAGCCCAACUUUGACAUGUACAGCACAAUAUCAGCUAAAAUAAAUUACAAUUUUGUCCACAGGGGGCGCCAAAAAAGACAUUUAAUAAAAAGUCCUCAAUGGCGCUUCAAAGAUCGUUGCGAGAGUAUCUCAAAUUCACUGUCUUUAGAGGAACUGAACUCGUUAUCCAUGCAGUGUUUUGAGUGGACAGAGAUGCCAUAAUAAUAAUAAUAAGGUGCUGUGCUGAUUGGCUGCCUGUAUGUGGUUUUAAAGGAAGAGAGUGCAGGACAAUGCAGAAAGUUGCAGUGGAGCAUAACUACUAUAACAAAUGUGGUCACAAAUGGAGAAGGACAAAUCUUUGACAUCUUGACUUAACAAAUAAUGUAGGGAGAAACAAGGUUGCUUGAGUGGAAGUGGUCUUACUUACUUAUUAGGUCAUCGCAUCGAAGCUUUUCCAUAUUACUCAGGGUUGCUGAGUGCUGAAGCUUUGUCCACUUCCACAUGUUCAGGGUUGCCAGGAUAGAAGAUGAAUAAAGUUCAUUCAUAGGCAAGGUAAAAAAAAAGAAAUCUUUAUUAAUUUAUUUGUCUUUUUGCUUUUGCUUCCUCAGUCUAACCUCUGUUUAUUCAGGGCUUUAAACUAGACAAAAGAAAAGUUAAGGGAUAAAAAGAAGAUGUUAAGCUCAUUGAUUAGUACACAUAAUCAGAUUAUUUCAUAAUUAUUAACAGCCUGCAACAACAAUAAGCUGUAAAACAAACAUAAGGAGCAGGGUAACAACUUUCAGUGCUGCCUUCAUGCUUGCAUUUUAUCCCUACGAUGUGUACAGCAAUCUUUCCAUUUCCUACAGGCCUCAGCUUCAAUUAUCCUUAAGAGUUCACUUAACAGGAGCAGAGCACACUAAUCUGAACUCUGAAGCAACUCCUGCACUAAUGCUGUUUAGCCGUUCCAACACCCUCAGCAGCUCUGGAGUCAGAUCUGUUUCCUAAUGCAAUCUCUUAAUCUGUUGAAGGUGUGGUUAAGUACUAAAAUACUCAACACACAUAUGAGGUGAUGCCUAUGCUUUUUUAUGGUAAUGUCUUGGACAGAGUAAGUCAUGACCUUGCACUGUGUGCGGUCAGUACCAUGGGGAAUGACCGGAUGAGCUUAUGCAUAUUUCAGUGUGCUUCUUUUACAGUUGGAGUGACCAUGCUAACAGAGUUUGUUAGAGAGCUAACGCUAUGAAGCAUAACACUGGGAUGUACACUCACAUUUAUUCUAGUAAUGAGAGCUAAAGCCUGUAGCUACUGCAGAAUAUAUUCAAUAAAAAGCAGUAAUAAGUCUAAUGAGGCGCUAACACAAAGCGUGAGUAAAAUCAUCUACUCGCUUAAUUUGUGCGAAUGUAGAUAUGUGAAUGAAUAGCAUUUACUUACUUCAUUUGCGUGUCAAAGGUAAUUUCAACUGUAAUCCCUGCCAAUUAAACCGGCAUGUAUAAGUGAUAAACAAUGUUUCGUUACAAUUGACCAGGUAAUCCCACCUGUUCACUCACUUGCCCUCAGGCGAGCUCCUUUUUAUUCCAUUUUCAGUAAUUGAAAGAAAAGGUAUCAAUGGCAUCAAUACACCAACACGAUCAGUUUGUCCUCCAUUUGAGAUACUAGUGAACAACCGUCCAUUUUCAUGCAUCACCUGGCAACCUUUGUACUGAUUAGUUCUCGCGACAUGAAUAUCCGCUCAAGUUGAGAUACUUUAAGCUCUCGCCCAAGUCGUGUUAUUUGCACUGCCAGAGAAGUGUGAACGUCUAACCGCAUCUUUGUAUUGACUCAACACGUAAUUCAUUUGCGCAAAUGGUUUUACUCGCGGUUGGUGUGUGGAGACAGUAACAGGGUCACUUAAACUGUGAGGACAGUAUUAGUUCUGAUUUUAAAAAAAAAUGUGUUGAACUGACAGCUUCAAGUCGGUGUGGUCGGUCAAAAAAGAUCAAUAUUUGAGAAAAUGAGACAUUAAGAGCCGAUAAAUGAGAAGGAAAUGUUGCAAAGACAACAAGGAUAUUUAUUUUGAAAGUGUCUCAGAUUGAGACUCUUGGCAAAUGUUAAUAUUGAUAAAAGUAUUGAUAUUUUCCACAGUGUAAACUCUCAAAUUCAUGUUGUGUGGAGUGGAGUGCGAACAGGUUUGCCUUCAUUUAUUGAUUUGUAUUCAAUAUCUCACCCAGUCAGAACAGAGAGGACCGCGACAGGUGGUGAUAGAAACCAGAGAUUCACAGUAACUGAGGAUUUCCAUUCUCACACAGUCGGGUUUUUCACGCUGCUCAGCUUGCUCGCACAAACACACAGUCUAUUACACUGUACGAAUGCUUGUUCUCAUGCAUAUGCGCUCAUGCACCACAUAUCUGGACACCACUGCAGAGGUGGCACAUUUUUACAGGAUUUGUCAUAAUCACUGGGCUUAUCAUUAUCAUGAAGUCAUGAUUAGAACAGUGAGACUGACCAUCUGGUUUGUUUUGGAGACAGAUUUGACUCGUUCAUUUCGUGCCCUGUUUCUGCACAAUGAAAAAGCUUUUUGAUCUAUAAAUAUCAAAGUGUUUUUGAACAUCUCAAUUUAUGCUUUUAUUCUGAAAGGAUACAAGCAAAAAUAUUUUUUUAAAUAAUUGGAAAAUACAGCCACAAGUUCAGGUUUUUGUGGUGUGGCAUUUUUGCACUGCUUUAAUUCUGUUCUUUGCCUCUAAGAGCUCCUAAAGCACAUAAAACUCAACACCAAUACAUCUCCUCCCACUUACUUCUGAAGUGAGGCACAAAGGCCAUGAAGCAUACAAGACCCAGAGGAUCCUCAUAGGAUGUUCAAAGCAAUUUCUUGAGGGUCUGUCAGUUAAUCCAUCCUGGAUAUUAAAAUGCCUUAUACUAUAGUCUCCUCAAGUAUUUGAUCCUGAUAGUAACAAAGAAAACACGAAAAGAUACGAUAGGGAUUUGGAUCUUAGGCUGUGAAAUCUUUUUCUUUCUCCUUAGCUGUAUCUAUCUUGCUAAUUCAUGCAUAUGCACAGAUUAUAUAUAAUAAAAGAGCUGUUCCCAGAAGAGGAUCUUAAUGCUUAGAAAUGUAGGCAAAUUGUUGAAACUUGUAAGAAAAAUUGAUUCCCUUGCAAAAGUGAGGAGACAAAGUUUGUUAGAGCAGGGAGCGCUGGAUAUUUUACUUUUCACUUCUGAGAUUUUGCUGGCGAUCAAAAGCACAAUGUAUCUGUGUCCAUAUUAUGCAAAAAGGUGCGUAAAGAAACAAGUCCUCACUUCAGUAAUGCCAGAGUAUAAUCAACUUGCAUUCAGAAAAGCUUUAAAGCUAUAAUUUUCACAAUGAUGCUUAAUCAGCUGAAGGAAAUGACCCCACAGUUUCCAAGCAUCAGGUCCGCUGCAAAAUUCUUCAGCUUUCUGAUACACUCCAUGGGGUCAAAGUGUGUGAGACACUUACUGCAGGCCUUCUGUGAAUUAAAUGUCAUAGGCCACUGGUCUCUGCUGCAGGCAGACAGCCAAUAUAUAUGUCUGUCUCACUGUGAGGCCAAAAGUGACAUAUCUGUCUCCUCCCUCUCUGCAGGUGAACCUGUAAAGACAUCAACCACAGCCAGAAAAAAAAAAAAAGCACACAGUGUACUUUUCUCUAGCAAACACCUGCCUGUACUGUUCAGCUCAGGCAGACUAAGAUGCAAAGGCUGUACUUCAAAAGUGCACCUGAUAAUGCUCAAAAGCAUGUAUUAUGUAAAGGUUAAAGUUGCCUGGAAUUUGCUCUGCACUUUUCUCCCUUUCGCUCACAGUUCAGGAGUUUUUGGCUCGUUUCAACCCGUUAAAAAUUGAAAAAAGUCACAGUCUCAGUGUUAGAGUCACACUUUAUGGAGCAGCUCCUGCAAAUCAAAUCAGUCAGACUAUCUUUUUUUUUUAAAUUUUCACACACUGAUUGGACUCGCCAGGCUUCCCUUUACAAAUGAUAGCACUAAGAGUUAAUAGCAGAUGGCACCUGACUCAAAAUACCAACACAACCUUCCUAACAUACCGGCGGAUCAGCUAGAGACUGCUGUAGGAGUUGUUGUCUUCAGCAGACACGUUUGUGUACUUUCCUGGUUCUCACAUGUUUCGCUGAGUUAUUUUAAGAGCAAGUGAUAAGAGAGCUUCUGCCCCUCUGCAGCUGAACAGAAGUCGCCAUGUUGGCUGAAAUGUGGGAGGCUUUUAUCUGUACAAUGUGACAGAAAAGACUUUUCCUCCGCAGAAACAUUGGUUGAACUCCGUAACCAAAUGUCAGCCGGCCAUGUCCUUAUUUAUUUUUACCUCUAGCUGCAGUAAUGACAGGAAGUACUAGGAAUAAUCUCAUUAUUUUGGAUUGCCCACAUCCUUUUAACGUUACAGGAGCUGCAUGGAGGAGGAAUAUAAAACCAAGAUCAGACUCACUCUAGAGUAACUCUGUUUUGUGCUGUGUUGCAGGAUAAUGUGGACCUCGGGGAUCUGAUGUUUUCGCUCUGUUACCUGCCCACUGCAGGCAGAUUGACCAUCACCAUGAUAAAGGCUCGCAAUCUCAAAGCCAUGGAUAUCACCGGCGCAUCUGGUAAUUAAAACCUGAUGGGUCUUACUGUAUAUCUACAGGGCCUCCCGGGUAUCCUGAUGCAGAUUAAUGUGUAAUUACUGUUCUGUUUCACUUUCUUCAAUAGAUCCUUAUGUGAAAGUUUCACUCAUGUGUGAUGGUCGCAGACUGAAGAAGAGGAAGACGUCAACUAAGCGGAAUACUUUGAAUCCCGUCUAUAAUGAGGCCAUUGUCUUUGAUGUCCCCCCUGAAAAUAUAGAGCAGAUCAGCCUUCUGAUUGCAGUGAUGGACUACGACCGGUUAGAAACUUUAACAAUGCUUCAUGAAAGUCUGCUGUGUUUUCAGCACUUUUGCAUGAGUCAUUUUUAAUUCAAAGUUACUGAAAGACCAAAUUAUUAUUUUUUUUAUUAAAAAUGCACAGUAUUAAUAUCUUACACUCUGUUUCUGUCUCAAAAGUAUUUCAAGUUUUUAUCAUUUCUUCACACUUGAGAUGUUGUAUAACAUUACUUUUGGAAAGCAGGGCCAGUCGUGAUCACACCAGCCCUCUGUCUCUCUCCUUGUGCCCACAGUGUAGGCCAUAAUGAGGUCAUCGGUGUGUGUCGAGUCGGCAACGAUGCAGACAGCCUCGGUCGAGACCACUGGAGUGAAAUGCUUACAUAUCCUCGAAAACCUGUCGCCCACUGGCAUCCUCUCGUUGAGGUGAGAUGGCACUUGCGUGACACGUGUUUCCAUGCACGUACAUGGAGUGAACGCUCAAGAGCAUACACUGUGGCUUGUACUAAACAGAAUUCACCAGCUGAAGCUCUGACCAUGAGCAGGUUUAGGGCCUCAGGCAACAAUUUGCUGUUUCAAAUCAUAUGUGGUGUACAGAGAGAAUUAAACAUGGUUGGUAACUCAAUCCCAAUCAACAGAUUAAUUUAGUCAACAGAAAACUAAACAGUGCGGCUUAUGUCUUUGAAAGAUUAUAUUACAAAAAGUGCACGCAAACUAUAGUUUGACAGGAGAUGUGUUUGGUUUAUGAAGCUUUAUGCAGACUUUGGGGUUAUUGCAACAAUGAUUAUGAUAAUAAACUUUAGGUUAAAGUCAAGAAAUAAGGGACACAAAAUUUGGAAUUCAUUGAAUUAUUACCAACAACUGAUAACAACCUACUCCUGCUCUUAUUAAAAUACAAUAAUUUAAAAAAAAGUAUUUUAAAUAAUACAAAAGAGGAUUAAAGCCACAUGAAGAGUAAAAAAAAGUAGUUACAGAAAGGAGAUUAAAAAUUAAAAUUUGAGAUUAAAAAUUUUAAUUUUGAGAUUAAAGUCAAAAUUUCAAGUUUCAAAAUGUCAAAAAUAAUGUGGAAAUUUUAAGAUAAAAAAAAAUAAAUUAAGAUUAAAGUCGUAAUUCAGAGAUUAAAACCGACAUGACUAAAGUCGAAAUUAUUUAAAUUUCAACUUUAAUCUUGAGAUUUCGACUUUAAUCUCUAAAUGGGAAUUAAAAAAAUCUCCCUCCUGUAAUUUUUUUUCCUUUAUCUUCUUUUGUAAAAUGCGCAUUGAAGGGUAAUGUUACUUUAGUAUGCUGCUAACCAAUGUGCAUGAAAUUAUGUAUUUCUCAGGUUGAAGGGUUCCUUUAGCCACCAGGCUGUCAAAUGAAGGAUACUUAUUAUAGGAGAGGUCAAGAAAAUGAAGACAAAAGCAAGAUUACGUAAAAACCCUGUGAGAACAAAAUCAGAUCCUGCUUUCUUUUGAGAGUCAAAUGUAUCACAAUAUUAAAACAAGUCUUUUUACAAAGAGAGUCAAUAAGCAAAUGAUCCUGCUGCUGCCUCACAUCAGUAGUUUCAACCAUUCUUAAUAACAAUAAAGUAAUAUUAAAGUUUUAUAGUGAUAAUCUGGUUUGCCUUUGUGUCCCAUAGAGGUGCAGUGGUAUAAAUUUCCAUCUGUUUCAUAACCACUUUUAAACUCAUCAUGGGAACUUUAGGAAGUGAAUGAAUUACUUACAUUAGUAACAAACCAGACUAAUAAAAUCAAUUAAAGUGAGCAACAUAACAGAUUUUAUAACAAGUAAUAAACCACGGUGUGCCAAGUCCUGCAGAGAGAAAGUGUAAAUGAAUUAGUGAUCAGGCUUAUCACUGCCCAGUCAUUAAGUCACAGAGGACUCAUUAGUAUUCACUGAUAACAGCGUGUUGUUACAAUGAGACUAAGAAAUGAUUUCUGGUCGGUGAUAAUGGAGUAAUGGCUGUGAGCUUUUAUUUUGAUAGGAGACAUUUAAACUCCAGCAGCUCAGGACCAUGAUGGAUACUUUCCCAUUAGAAAACUUUCCUCUCUCUGAAUUUAUAAUCUCCCCUGCAGGAAGUCAACAGAAGGUGAUGCUGUUUUUUUUUUUUUUUCUACUGAAAGUUCAUUUUUGGAUCUGAUGUGGGGAAUUCAACUUGCCAAGCUUAGAUGUGAUUCAGCUCAAAGCAUGUGUGGGUACAUGCGGUUCCACACUGAAGGCACUUUCUGUGGGCAGCUCACCUUUAAAUUUUGGCUAAUCAAAUUAGUGCGAUAACAAAAUUUAUGCUCCUGGAAAGAAAAAAACUUUAGUUUGACUGUGAUUUGCAGGAGAGUGGAUGAGGCAGAGCGCUGAGAGAGACGAGUGAAGUGAGAUCCUGUCAGUGGAGAAAUAGAAGUCCCACAGAGACGCUGAAGGAUGGUCGCCCCGACCUGUUCACUCAGCCUUGAAAAAUUGCUUUAUUUUGUGUCUUUGUGAACACAUCAAAAGGCUGUGCCUGCAAAAUACAAAGAGACACCCAGAGUCAGAGGAAAUUGAGCUUGUUAUGUUUCUUCUGGGGCUAUUAGAGUAUACAGCACUUUGAAAUCUUCAUACAGCCUCAAGAAACCACAUUUAUUGUGCACUUCCUCCCAAUUUCUAUAAAGUCAAAGUUGCUCUGUCUUAACAAGCUCUUCAUCCCUAAGCUUAUGCUAAAACGGGGGUCUUAACACGCUGAUAGGUCCACACGUUUAUUCAAGUAAGCCUCUUCCUCUGUUAAAGCUUCGGUCUGUGGAAAAUAAAGGAAGUCACAGCAGUGUGGUGAAUUCCAGUAAGUGACUGAGGGAAUACAUAAAUAAACCCAAAUUAAAAAUGAAAAGCAAGUAACUCACUCUUUGCGUGGCUGCCAGAUUCAUCACUCUGUAGGAGGUUUGUACUUUAUUUUAGAGAAGCUGGCUCAGACUUUAUUUUAAUGACCGUUUAUCUGUUUAUGAGUCUGCAAGACAGGAGACCGUCUCGCUCAUGCUUUGCAGGAAUCUAACUUCUGUUUCCACCUGACUCUCCUCUGCAGUACCAGGGCACCACAGGUAGUAGCCAGGGAGGAUCCUGCAAUUCUCUAAAGACGCCUCCUUCUCCGUAGCCUUGAGCAUCAGUUCACCCCAGGGCACCGAUCAACCUGAAGCCUCGGCUGUACCCACGGACAGCAGUGCUGCUGGGCGCUGCACGUCACUCCACGACACUAGACUACAAAGAAAAGAGAGACACAAACUGGAGCAGUUGCAUGUUGAAUGACCGCAAAGAUGGAUGUUUUCUUUUUUUAUGAUGUUCCAUGAGAAAAACGACAGGCUUAGACAGACAUUUUCAGUCUGUGCUAUUCCUGGGUUUCUACAGUAGUUACUGUUUUUUACAUAGUCUUGUUACUUGUUUUAAUGAGGUGAGUCUGUAUUUGCACAAACGUACUUACAACCAGUUGAACUGCCAUACUGUUAUUGAUUUGGUGGUGAAUUGGUGCAUGAGGUCAUGGUUUCAGUGGGAUUUCUUCUCCUCGUUCGUUUGUUUCUGAAUCUAUUUUGGGGAAAGCGAUGUGUCGUUCUGUCAGUUGAUGUAAAGUGAUGGUUAACUUCUAGGAAAAAUAUCUGUAAGUAAGAUAUGUUGAAUGUUAUCAAUAAAUAUUAUUCCAUAAAAAAAACACAACCAUUGCUGAUCUCUGCCAGUUACAUUCUCGCUUUCGGUGUCAGUCUGACUUCCUUCAUUAGAGGAGGGGACUACUAAAUCUGUGAAACAUUAAAGACACUCCUUCAAAAGAGUUUGAAAACAAUUAAGAUAUGAGAGUUUUUAUUGAAUUUGAUCCAUGGCAGUUCUGUUAAAGAUUAGUGUACACGGCAGCAAACUAUAGGGUCGGGUAACAGGCAAAAAAAAAAAAAAAAAAAAGCUGCUUUGCUGCGUAAGAAGAUUAAGAAAGCCUGAAGACAGCUCAGUCAUGAAACUUCGCCAGAUUUUUAGCUCCUGUAAAGCAAAAUUUGUCACAGCAAAUUUACAAAGAUCCCCUUGAAGUAAAAAAAUCAAUUUAAUUUUGGAUAAUGCGCUGGACUGAGGGCACUUUGAAUGUGUUGCUGGUAAUUUAGCAAGUUGUUGAUGAGCAGUAUAAUUUCAGAAUUUUUAAAGAGCCUGUAAACAUAAGUGAAUCCUCCUUUAUUUCUAAUUAAGUACAGUCUGUGCCACUCAUGCAUAUUUCCAUUUAAUUUGCUUUAACAGCUUACAAACACGUCUUUGGGGACUGUUGUCACGCUACAUGUAUUCAACUUCCCCUGUUCCUGUUGCUGGUUUGAGGACAGCCCUGGCAGUGAGUGCAAGUCACACACUGCUUUAAAACUGUGAUAAAAUGUCCUUCAUUUAUUAUGGCAUGCACAGAUGCUUCAGGCUGCAUACAAUAAAGUGAACUCUGCUUUAAUGGGCAAUUGAGAGCCCUGGUAAGCACAUACUGUAUCUUCAAAACAACCAGAAGCAAGACACCUUCAAAUGCAACAGUGUACUUUCCACUCACAUUGCCUAUCAUCAACACAUUACAGCCAUACAAACAAGUUUGUCCUCCCUAAAAUGUGGGAGGCGCUUUACUGUAAUGUGUUGAAAGUAGGUUGAAUGAAUUCCUGCAAGAAUAAGAAGAUUUUCGCUGUUUCUGUUGCAUUAACAGAGAAAAGAGAAAAGCCAGUUAAAAAAAAAAAGUGAUAAAAUAACAUUGAAGAACGCUAAAAUAUUCAUAAGAUCAACCAAUAAAAUCCAAAUAAAACCUGCCACAGAGGAAGUUAGAAAAGGUUUUACAGGGAAGUAGCAUUUAAAACACAUUUGAUAUGCAAAAGGAAAGUAAUGAAAGCAUAGUUUGACAUUUUGAGAUACACAACGGAUGUUAAAUCCAGAUUCCAUCACAUGCUCCCUAAUUGCAAUCUGUUUUAUUUAUGCUUGAACAGAUUUUACCACACCAUGUUACUAUUUCAUGAUAAAAGCAUUCAGGAGAACUGCCUCAAGUCAUUUGAAAGAAUCUGUAAUGGUUUCCCCCAGUUUGUCUAUUAAAAUAAGAGCUGAGUUCAUGA